AUGGUUGAUCUCAUCUCUCGGCCAUUUGAGGCAGGCAGACCUCUUGAGGACCCUCAGACCCAUGCUGCCCACCCUUUCAGCAGUCGAGCUCUGAAACUGUUCAGCACAAACGACUAUCUGGGCUUGUCCACCCAUGUGGCUCUGCGACGCGCAGCAGCGGAUGCUGCCAUGCUGUAUGGGCUGGGGCCGAGGUCAUCAGCACUGGUUGGGGGCUACACGCUUCUGCAUCAGGAGCUUGAGAGGCGGCUGGCUGCUCUGAAAGGCACAGAAGAGUGUCUGCUGUUCCCCACGGGCUUUGCUGCGAAUCUGGCGAUUGUGUCUGCUCUGGGCAGCGGCGAGGAUGCGGCGAUCUUCUCAGAUGAGCUCAAUCAUGCAUCCAUUGUGGACGGCGCUCGCUUGGCCUCCAGAAAUAAGGGGCGGUUGCACAUUUACCGGCACAACGACAUGAGACAUUUAGAGGAACUCUUGAGCGCGUGCCCCUCCCACCACCGGAAGCUGGUGGUAGCAGACAGCCUCUUCAGCAUGGACGGUGACUUCGCAGAUUUCCAGGGGCUAACUAGUCUGCGAAGAAAGCACGGCUUCCUGUUGGCUGUGGACGAGGCCCAUGCAACUCUUGUCUGCGGCUCGAGGGGUGGCGGUGCAGCGGAGGCCUUUGGGGUGGCCGGGGAGGUCGAUGUGCACAUUGGCACGCUUAGUAAGGCGGUUGGAGCUCAUGGGGGAUUCGUGGCCUGCCGAGCCGAGCUGAAGACCCUGCUACUUAACAAGGGCCGCCCUUAUGUGUUUUCUACCGCUCUCCCCGCCCCUGUGGUGGCAGCUGCCAUCGCUGCACUGCAGGUCAACGAACAGGAGCCUGACAGGCGGGAGCAUCUUUGGAGGCUGGUGAGGCAACUUGGAGAGGGGUUGGGGGUGGAUGCAUGCAGCCCCAUCGUGCCCCUCAUAGUUGGCAGCGAAGCCGCUGCCGUGGCCGCCUCGGCCGCGCUGCUGGAGAAGGGCUUCUAUGUGCCAGCCAUCCGGCCGCCCACAGUUGCUCCUGGCACUUCCAGGCUGCGCAUCAGCCUCUCAGCAGCACACACAACCGAGGACGUGGAUGCUUUGCUUGUGGCCCUCAAGGAGUGCGGAAUUCUUUCUGCAGCAGGAUCGCCUUUGGCUGCUGCUGGCAGUAUUGUAGAGCAGGAUGUCGUGUACUUGGCUAAGCUCUGA